ACCGAUGGCAACAAAGAUGGCGGGCGCGGUAAUGCGCGCAGCGAUCAUGUAACAUCGCCGAGGCGCGUUGACGUAUGUACAUGUACGUCGUGACGAGCGUCCCGCGUAGAGUGCCCGGGCGGACGGCAAGCUGUCGCGACGUGCGUGCGCGUGUCGAGUGUAUGCGGAGCACCGCGAUUCCGUGGCGUGAGUGCGCGCGCGCGCGCGGGUGCGGGUGCGGGAGUGUGUACGUGUUCGUGCGCGAGCCGCGUUUCUGACACGAGUGCGACGACGAGAUAUGUCAGAGGCAGCUCCGGAAGCAUGAGCGAGGGAGCGGACUCGGUUACGCGAACCCGCGGGGAUUCGCUCCAGGCUACCUCGGCGCGCGAGGGCGAUGCUCAGCGGACGACCGGGACGGCGACGCCCUCGCCACCGCCGCCACCUUUGCCGCCGCCGCCACCGUCGACGUACACUGGCAGGAGGCCGCGUUUCGGCACCGGUGGCCCUCCGCCGUCGCCGUACAUGUGGAUCGACGGCCGUCAGCUGCGGAGCGCCCUGGCCUGGACCAACAAAUGGCCGAUGCGGCCGCCCGAUGCUGUCCCGUUACGAGUCAGCUUCCCCGCGAGCGACAAUCAUCUGGUGACGGGCUACCUGGAGCCCGCCAAUCCUUGGCGGCACGCUGAAAAUGUGAAUCGCGAGGACUUAAUCUUCUCAUACAAGGAGUCCUGCAUACGUCACAACACCAAACCCUUGCCAAACGUUUUAGUUCAGCUCGAGAACCUGGAUGUAUCUCAAGAUCGGUGCGAGCAACUGAAUUUGAAAGGGGAAAUCUUGGAUCAGGAUCAUUCUGAGCCAUUGGAGGAGAUACUGAAGAGAGUACAAUUUAAUAAGAUUAAUCUAGAAGGAGCAUCUCUGAACGAUGAGAGUUCCGUGAUAUUAUUUGAUAUGCUUGAAUAUUACGAGUCUGCAAAACACUUAAAUAUCUCAUUUAAUCCGGAAAUUGGAGCGCGUGGCUGGCAAGCGUGCUCCCAUAUGAUUAAAAAGACUCAAUGUUUAGAGCAGCUUGAAGCAAGAGAUAUACAGUUUAACGAGCAAAAUAUGAACAUUUUGAGUCGUGCAUUACGAUUAGUUGGUCAUCUACAUGUUCUCAAAUUGGAAAACUGUGGAUUGUCGGGCAGAGCAAUCGUCAUACUUGUUACAGCCCUAAAAAUGAAUAGCGGUAUACGGGAAUUAUAUUUAGCCGAUAACGGGCUUGAUUUAUAUGAUGCUAUACAGCUUGGAUCUCUCUUAAGGAUGAACAAUCAUUUGCAAUUGCUCGAUAUUAGUAAUAAUAACGUCCAGGAUGAUGGGGUACGAGACAUUUUGGAGGGUCUGAUCAAUCAAGUGAACGAAGAUAAGACCGGCAAGGGACUCAGUAUCCUGAUAUUAUGGAACAAUCGUUUAACCAAGAACUCGUCACCUUAUAUCUCGAGGAUUAUAGCAUUAUCGAAAACAUUGGAGACUCUGAAUAUCGGUCAAAAUAUGCUGACGGACGAGGCACUAAGAAUCGUUAAGGAAUCACUGAAGCAGAAUCGUGUUCUCCUGCAAUUGGGCAUGCAAUCGACAGAACUCACGUGCGAGGGGAUAAUCACGUUAGCCGAGAUCAUGGAGAUGAAUCAAGUUUUGCAAAGAAUAGAUUUGCGAGAUAAUAACAUAAAAUUGCGUGGGAUGCAUGCUCUUGUGAACGUAAUGAAGACAAACAAGACCGUAACGCAGAUCGAUUUGGACGACAGACCUCGGAUAAGAAUAGAUGGUCCCUUGAAUGAGUACGUGGAACUGAUUGUGGAGAUUCGCAGUCGCUGCGGCCAAAACGAAGAGCGCCGUCUGCUGGAAGAAUCCACCGAGGAUGCCGAAAGUCCGCAGUACCCGAGCCUGAACGCGAGCUCCCGUAAGAUCUCGCUCACUUGUCAGACACUGCCAAGUCCGUCGUCCGGUCGAUCAACGACAUCGUUGGCUGCUAACGAGCCGGCGACACGCACUACGCUGGAGCCGGCAAAACGCACCAGCGGUGGCCGUCUGCGAUCCCCGGCUCCCAGUCCGAUUCCCUCACCUGUAGCUAGUCCGAUCCCCAGUCCGUCUCGGAAUCGUUUCGUCGUAUGCCGAGUGCCGGAAGCAUCGCUACGCUCUACCGACUCCUCGGCAUCCACUUCACCCGUCACUCCGCCAUCCCUCGGCUCCUCUCCGAAUUUCUUCUCCGGUGCAUCGAGUGGCGGCCCGUCGCGGUUCCGUGUGUCGGUCGUCGAGUCGGCGGGUGCCGGUCGCUCGCCGCCUAAAUCUGUUAUCGCUUCCACUAGCGGCAGCUCGGUCACGAUCGGUUUCAACGUUAAAAUCGAUGCGGCCGACUCGAACGAUUCCGACAACGUAAUCGACAAGACAAGCGCCAGCAGUAAAACAGCCGCGUCUGCGUCUGAUAUGCUUCACGUAGUCCCGUUAGCGAGAGAAACAUCCUCCUCGAGCGAAGACAUUGCCAAGAACGAAGAUCGUUGCAAUGAAGAAACGAAGACUUCAUCAAGUGAACAGCAAGUUAAAGUACGACUCGAGGUAGGCGAGAUUGUUACAGCGACGCCCAAGGGUAAAUAUGACAAGAUGACUGAGAUUAAAGAAGAAGAACGGCUAGAAGACCAGAAUGAUAUAAUCGGGACAUUGCAAUCUGAAAAAAACGAGAUGGAUUAUUCCAACGAAAACGAAAACAAUCGAAGCAACGUUAUGACAAUGGAUCUCGAGAACGCUGCAAUAGCCGACAACGAGGCGAUUAUAAAUCGCAACAUUGUGUAUACGAGUACAAAGGAACUCCAAGUACCUGCAUAUCCAAACGAAGAUACAAUUUCGACUAGUAUAGUCGAGGAUAAAGAAAAUGCGAAUGCAAUAAAAUUAUCUUUGGAUAACAUUUCGGAAUUGAACCGAACAACGGAAGAGUUAUCCACUUGUAUAUCGAGAUCUUCCGCGAAUUCCAUUUGGACGGGAACGUCUUCGAUUCGCACGACGGAGUCGCAUUCACGGGAACAACCGAGCACAUCAGUGCAGAAGCACAAAUCCAGUCUAGAGAAGCUCUUGUCAUUGUUCCAACAUCCCGGCCAGUUUUUUUCUGACUCCUCAAGUACCACCAGUGUCAUGGACACAAAAAGCUCCCUGCAGGAAAAUGUGAGCGGUGUGAUGGCAUUGGGCGACAAAUUGCAGCAGUACCUGAAAGAAGGUCGAACCAAAAUCGAUGGUUCAUGGUCUUCGGAGCAUGGAUCUCCGUUGAAGAACAAAUCGAUGGGACUGAAUAUAUCGCAACUGCAGAAUUUAACUGGCAUAUUUGCAUCUUUCAAAUUCGAGCCACAGGCAAGUCUCGUCGAGCACGGCACCAAGUUCUUCGGUCAAACGAAAACUCAGGAUGCGAGGGAGGAUAUCAAGGAGAAGAAUUUAGAAGAAUUGAUAGAAACCGAAGUUGCAAGAGACGACAACGAGAGAAAUUUAUCUGAUCGAGAGACUAAUCAACUUAUAAGAAACUAUGGCAAUCUGAUUGAGCAGCAUCAAGUGAUUAAGAGUGACGAAAAUGAUUUAUUUCAUCAAAAACAGAAUCAGAGCAUAAAGAAUGAUGAGAAAAACUUAGAUAAACAGAAUCAGUUUAUUGAAAGGAACGAGAAUUUGCUUGGUCAAGAAAAAAGUCAAGUUGAAAACGAUGAGCAAAAAUUAUUCAAUCAGAUCAGCAGGAGCGAUGAAAAAGAUUCUAUCAGUCAAGAAAAGAGUCAAAUUUUGAUUAAUGAUGAGAAUAAAUUAUUUGAUCGCAUGAAAAAUCGAACUAUAGAAAUCGAUGAAAGAAAUUUAGAGGAUCAGAAGAAGGGACAGGAAAUUAUCAGGAACACUGGUGAAAAUGUUAAAGGCAGCGGAGAGAUGAAUAUACAGAGGAGAGAUGAGGUUGCGAACAACGAUCCAGAAGAUGAAAGGCUGCGAAAUGACAUUGCGAGAAAUGACGGGAAAGAUUCCGUGAGUAUCCGAGAUGGCACACGCAAUGUUAACGAGGAGAAGGAUGUAUGUAACGCGGAUGACUUAAGAGGGACAGAAUCUGACAGGAUUAGUGAUCGACUGUUACCUGAAAGUGUGCAAUCAAAGGAUGAUUUCGCUAAUAAUUUAGUAUUAGACGACGGUCACGUCGCAACAAGUGCAGCAGUGGUCUUGUCGUCGUUUCCGGCAAGUGAAUCUACUGCGUAUAUAAAUGUAAGUUUAACGGAUAUAGUCGAAUAUUCUACUCUAGGAUUAAGUAACAUUGCCGACAUAUGUAUAGAAUGUAACGAUACGAAACGUUUCGAGGAUUUUAUCAGCGAGGAAGAGCGUGACGAUGCACCGCAGGAUUCACCAAAAUGUACGGAACGUGAUGAUGAUGCCGAGUGCUUAAAACACGAUAAUUUGGAGAUUUUAGGGAAUAAUGACGCGAGGUGUUUACAACGUGACGACGCGGUUGAAGAAACGAAUGCCGCGAUAAUAAGGACAUGUGAUACAAUUACGGACAGUAUUAAUCAGACUAGUGAUAGUAGGUUUUUUCCGAUUUCUAACGUAGCGUAUGAUAGUAAGAAAGCCGUAGAUAGCGUAAGUAUCGCGUCGAUCACGACGGACGAUGAUGUCGACGUGAUUAGGCCUGCGUCGGAAAACAGCGGGCUAUCGACAUCAUCGACGUCGUUGUUUACAGGCGCGAGCGUUUACUUAAACGAGGAAGUUACCAAUAACACGCACCGAGAUCGUCGGUGCGAUUUUACGAGGAAAAGAGAAGAGAAGGAAGAUCUCCACGAUAAUGCUUACCGCGAUUCCGUUGAUCGUGCAACAAGUACAAGUGUAAAUAUUAAGAUAGAUCCACACGGAGAAUCGGAAACGACGAGUCCACAUGGGAGCCAAGAGGCGCCAGAACGACGGUUGUUGAUGCCAAAUAAUAUCAACAAACAUCGAACUAUUCUUGAAGACGCUGCCGAGACCACGUGUCAUUCGGGGGACGAACAGGGUAAACAGACGGUCGAUCCGAUGAUUCUCGUCACCCCAUCGUCGCACGAGAUAUCCGUAAUAAGUUUGGACAAGUCUGAUGCAGAGGAGCUUAUCUUUUGCAUGACCGACGUCUCCACAGACGGUACAUCUAUAGAGGACGAGCUGUCACCUCAAGGCAUCGCGCCUAGAAGCUCACUGAAUAAACUGGCGGAAUCGUACUAUGAGCUUCCCGCUUCGAGGACCAACGUGUCGACGAGCGGCACGCUUCUGAUCGAGAAUCCCGGGAGCGUGCACAGGAACAGUCAGGAUUCCGGAAUCGAGGAGACCGCAUUGACAAUCGACGAUACCGUCGUCGGAAUAACGGAGUUGCCGCCGAUACCGCCGCCACCGCCGCCACCGCCGCGCAGUAGCCUCCAAGAGAGCGUGGACUCGGGGAUCGAGUCGGAGUGUUCGUCGAUAUGCAUCAGAAUGGAAUCCGCUACCGGAAUCAACACGUUGGAGAUGGUCGCGACACCGAAGAGGCCCACGCGUGACGAUAACGACGACGAGGAGGAAUUUGGGGAGUUUGCCUCGGAUUUCCUCGCGAGGGAGACGCGACUAGUCGAUAGCACGAGUGGCGAUGGCGAUGGCGACUCGUACCUCAGCGGCGUCAAGUGCACGGUCGUCAAUACCAUGCGACCCGUUGCCGAUGAAGGCGUCGCUCGACCAACAGCGCCGAUGAUCGCGCACUCCCCCGCGACCGUGCACGGCACCAGUCCAAAGUAAUGAAACGGAAGGAAAUGGAGCAGAGGCAGAUAAUGGUGAUGAAGGGAACAAGACAGGCUCAAUAGAGUACGAUGAUGACGACGAAAUCGACGAGCUCGAAGAAAUGAUGAAGCAGCUUGAGCCAAAAUAUCGACGCUACGCCAACUGGCGAAUUUGAAU